GACCUUCUACACCUGGAUCGAUAGGGUCCAGCGCACCGUGGGCGAAAACAACUCCACCAUCCCGAGAUGCUGCAAACUCUUCCGGUCUUCAACAUCCUGCGCCUUCACGUGCAAGACUGAUCUCCAGCUCGAAUGUCGCCAUGGGAUCGGGUCAAGGGAUCGGCGGCUCAGCCCCUAAACGAGCUUGGAAGACUGUAUCUGCUGCCGAGAGACGAGCUGCCAUCGGUAUGGCUAGGGAUUUUCCGACGGCAUCAGAGGUUGCAGAAGGAGAUUCUCAAAGGUCUCAAUGCAUUCACUCAGCUCGGCACAGAUCACCGAUGGGAUGACGAAGACGAUGACGAUGAUGUCCUCGACUUUGGAGAUGGCAUGGUGUACCCUACUUAUGAAGAGGGUCCCGGAACGAAGGAGGUCGAACCCGAGCCUAAUCUAGAUGCUCCAGUCUCCAAGUCUGAGCGUUUCGUCGAAGAUUUCGAUAGAAGCUGGCCGAGGAGAGCACCUCUACCAAUCGCUUCAGAAACCCCGACUGCCCCACCGACUUCGACUGCUUUGCCUCAGAAACCGGCUCAAGAUGCAGAAAGAGUCCUGUUCAAUGCCAACUCAAAUCGAAUGGAAGCACCGCGUCGCCAACCACCACCAACCCAGAACCAGCCUUUACCUCCUCCUACCAAACUCCUUUCAAGAUCUUCCGAUACGGGCAAUGCGCCGGCCCUUCCCCGGACGUUUGACCGACCACUACCACCACAUCUGCAAGGCGAUGAAAUGCAGUCUACAUCCCGCGACGCUCAGGCAACAUCAAGGCGAUCACCCUGGGGUGCAGAUGCGCAUACUCCACAGAACCCUUCUCAGACCCGCACCUCCCCUCAAGCUCCGUUGUCAUCUCUUCCUCCCCGAAAGUCUUUCAGCCAACAUCCUCAUCAGCAGCAGCAGACGCUACACCCGCAGCAGCAGCAGCAGCAGCACAACAACAACAACAACAACAACAACAACAACAACAACAACAGCAGCAGCAGCAGCAGCAGCAACAACAACAACAACAGCAACAACACCAGCAGUCACAGAUGGGUCAGCCGCCGUCCAUUAACCAGAGCGCUGCGGCACACCCAACAGCCCCAGUCACCAAUACAUCCGUGCCUGCCAUGGUGCCUGUCGUCGAUUCGCAGACCCAGGAAAUGCAUGCUGCAGCUGAAAAAGCGAGAUUAAGGCGAUUGGCCGAAGAACAAGAAAGAGAAGCUGCAGCUGAGCGAGCACGGAAAAAGGCAAAGGAGUUGGAGGAGCGAUUCGGAUCGAAACCCUCAGCUUCGGCUACAAAUACGACAUCUACAGACGCUCCCAAGCUA